AUGGAUUGUCCCAAUUCUGAAGGUCACUACGGUAUCGUUCGGUGGCUACUUGAAGAGAAGGCUUCCUUGGUUGACAUCAACGGAAAGGACAUGGAAGGAGUUACACUGCUCUCUUCGCUGCUUCGCUAUGCUAACGAGGAAACGCACAGUGAAUUGCCUGAACAAAUACAGUACCUGCUGUCACGUGGAGCAGACUGCUCAAUAGCGGACAGUAUGGGGAACUCAAUAAUGCACGUGUUUGCCGGCAUUAAAAUUCGUCUUCGUGAUCCCAAAGAUGGCCGGCAGGAUGGCAUGACUGAGCAGGAAUACCGGCAGUGUUUUGAGUCGAUCAUGAAGUACGGCGGAAAUGUGGAAUCGAAGAACGAAACGGGUGAAACUCCCUUACACAUCGCUUUGCAUUCGGCAAACCUGUUGCUGUUCCAGUGGAUGCUUGAGUAUGUUGAAGAUAUUAGAGGCGUGCUGGCGGGUACGUGGUGA